ACCACUUCAAAAAAAAAUUUCACCCUCUCUCCUCUCUCUCUCCCCUCUCCUCUCCUCUCCUCCUCCGAAUGGGAGUGGGCGGCACCGCUGACGAGGAGGCCAACCGUUGGAUGCUACGGCGGGCGGCAAUGGAGAACGGCGAGGACGGUGGAUCUGGCGCUGCCGCCCAUCGGGAGGGCCGGAUCCAUCGCCCUUGGGUGCGGCUGCGGCCUCUGCGAUAGCAUGCGGCGGAUCCGACGACGCCGUCCUCGGGUACGUCUGCGAACGGCGGGCGGAUCCAGCAGGCAGCAGCUGCUCCUACCCCCAACCGUAUUGGAAGAUUUGAUUUUGAUCAUUUGGGAAAAUCUCUUUUGUAGUACUAAUGCAUAUACAUGUAAUUAAUUAAGGGUACGGUGUGGUAUGACUUCGAAGCAACCGGCCAAUCUCUAGCUUAACUAGAAGUAGAUUAGCAUAUUACCGAUAUGAUUAGCCGUGCAGCUUGGUAAGUCGUGUUCGUCGUCGUGCAAAAACUGGCACUACAGCUGGAUCAAACUGGUACACACGCGUCUUAACUGAAUAUCGAAUAAAAUUAGAUCUUAUACGAAGAUCGAGAGAGUAUUAAACUAGCUAGCUAUAGCUAAGGUGUCGGCGAUGCAUGAGAUCGAUCAUGUUGUCUUGUGAGAAGAUGCAUACUAAUUAAGCUAGUACUUGACAGCAAGCUAAUUAAGCUAGCCAUGAGACGCCGCCAUGCAGGUGUGCUCCUGAUCCUGCAGCUGCAGAUCGCCGUCGCCGGAGGUGGGGUACUACGGCGCGACGUGCCCGGACGCCGACGCCAUCGUGCGGCAGGUGAUGGAACGCCGCUUCUACAACGACAAUACCAUCGCCCCCGCCAUCAUCCGCAUGCUCUUCCACGACUGCUUCGUCACCGGUUGCGACGCUUCUCUGCUCAUCGUCCCCACGCCGACGCGCCCGUCGCCGGAGCGGGUGGCCAUCCCCAACCAGACCUUGCGCGCCUUGAACAUCGUCAACGCCGUCAAGUCCGCCCUCGAGGCCGCCUGCCCGGGCGUCGUCUCCUGCGCCGACGCGCUCGCCCUCAUGGCGCGGGACUCCUUCGCCCUCCUCGGCGGCACCGCCUACGACGUCGCGCUCGGCCGCCGCGACGCCCUCCACUCCAACUCCUGGGAGGACGACCUCCCGGCGCCCUUCUCCUCCCUCGACGACACGCUCCGCCACUUCGCCGCCAAGGGCUUCACCGCCGACGAGACCGUCCUCCUCUUCGGCGCCCACACCGUCGGCGCCGCGCACUGCUCCUCCUUCCGCUACCGCCUCGCCAGGCCGGACGACGGCACCAUGGACGAGAGCCUCCGCUGCGACAUGGUCGGCGUCUGCGGCCUCGCCGACCAGCCGGCGGCGGCCGACUACGCCAUGACCUUCCUCGACCCCGUCACGCCCUUCGCCGUCGACAACGCCUACUACGCGCAGCUCAUGAGCAACAGGAGCCUCCUGCAGGUGGACCAGGAGGCCGCCACGCACGCCGCCACGGCGGGCUACGUCGCCUACUACGCGGCCAACCCCGACGCCUUCCUGCAGAGGUUCUCGGAGGUGAUGGCCAAGCUCGGGACGGUCGGCGUGCUCGAGGGCGACGCCGGCGAGGUCAGGACAGUCUGCACCAAGUACAACACUAGCUAGUGCUAAUAUUUUAAUUUCUUUAAAUAUUUCUUUUUUUUUUGACGCGCGCGAUCGACAAGUCCGCACAAAUGGUCACUACAUUAAUUAAUUGAGAAGUAAAAGAGGAAGAUGCACGCUAAUCUCCCGUUUCUUUCCUGUCAACUAAAUAAUUAUGAAAUUUUUUUAAUAAGAUUUGGAAGACAGAUUAGUAUGUAGUAA